ACCAUUGUAGCUUGGAUCUCCAUCGCCAUCUUCCUCCACGACCUUCAUUUUUUGGAUUAAAGCGCAGCUACCUCACUGCUAACCUCCCACUCCCUUGUGGGGAUUCACGAGAACAUCUGCUCGUUUACUCCCAUUAUCAAAAUUUGCUUAUUCGUCAACUUUCACCUCCCAGAAUCAAUUGAUUCUUCUUUCUUUCUUGCUUUCAAGAAAAAAAAAGAGAUUAAUUCUUUCCGUUUCACUCAUUCUGGGUAUUUAUACCAACAAUCUUUUGUAUCACCCUGAAAUGUUUUCUUCCUAUCCUCUCUAGUAUGUAUUUUGUUGGAUUUUACAGUUCCAAAUGUAAAAACGAGCACCAUAGACCUUCAAAGUUUCCUGUUGCGGAGUAACAUGAACCCAACAAGAUAUUCGACUAACCUCUUAAUCAGCCAAGUAAUGGCAGCCAUGAUUCAGAACCGCCCAUUUGAUGCAACUCUUGCAGCCUCAACGAUCACGACCACGAACCCGUGGACUAUUGAUUUAGUCUCUGAUAUCUUAAGAUCCAUACCCAGAUUCUUCUUUCAAUCCCCGCGCUCUAUCAGCCGCCAAAAAGGUCAUCGCCACCGGGCCCCAUUGAAGCAAAGAGACCUUAAAGAAGAACAUAGAAGACGUCAAACCAACGUCCUUGUUCUUGGCCCUGCUGCAUACAGAGACAUGCGAAAAGUUAGUUUAGGACUUAAUAAAGCAAUGGAGUUCUACUACUGGGUGGAGACCCAUUUUAGGUUUGCUCACAAUGAGACGACUUGUAGAGAAAUGGCCUGUGUGUUGGCAAGAGGCAAUAGGUUAAAGGGUCUCUGGAAUUUCCUCAAAGAAAUGUCGAGGAGAGAGAAGGGUAGUCUUGUAAGUAGUGCUACCAUUACCUGUUUGAUAAAAGUUCUAGGAGAAGAAGGCUUGGUUAAUGAGGCCUUGGCCGCAUUUUAUAGGAUGAAGCAGUUACGUUGUAAGCCGGAUGUUUAUGCAUAUAAUACCAUUAUUUAUGUUCUUUGUAGGGUUGGCAAUUUUAAAAAGGCGAAGUUUUUGUUGGAGCAAAUGGAGUUACCUGGCUUUAUAUGCCCUCCAGAUACAUAUACAUAUACCAUAUUGAUUAGUUCUUACUGUAAGUAUAGCAUGCAAACUGGCUGCAGGAAGGCUAUUAGGAGGAGGUUGUGGGAGGCCAACCAUUUGUUUCGCAUUAUGCUUUUUAAGGGUUUUGUUCCUGAUGUAGUGACAUAUAAUUGUUUGAUUGAUGGUUGUUGCAAAACUCAUCGCAUUGAAAGGGCCUUGGAGUUGUUUGAGGAUAUGAAUAAAAGUGGUUGUGCCCCAAAUAAAGUUACAUACAAUUCUUUUAUCAGAUACUACAGUGCUGUAAAUGAGAUUGAUAAGGCUGUUGAAAUGAUGAGGCAGAUGCAGAAAAUGAAUCAUGGGGUACCUACUUCUAGUACUUAUACUCCAAUUAUACAUGGUUUAUGUGAAGCAGGAAGGAUUUCGGAGGCCUGGGAUUUUCUUGUUGAGUUGGUUGAUGGAGGCUCAGUUCCUAGAGAGUAUACCUAUAAAUUGGUUUGUGAUGCACUGAACUCAGUAGGGGAGGCCAAAUUGUUAGAUGAUGAGCUCCAUAAAAGAAUAAGAGCCUGCAUGGAUCAUAGAUAUAGGCAAGUGAUGAAGACAAAGCCAGUUAUGGCACGAAAAAUGGUGGUAUAGUUCGAGAGAAAUUUGGUUCUUUUAUAACCUAGUCAUGCUCAAUCAUAUAAAUAACUGAGGACAGCAUCAAGAGUAGUCGUUGCAAUUUUCAUCGUUGCUGCAGGAAUGAGUCAAACUCUGCAACGAAGCUAGCAAGGAGUGGUUGCUAUAGAUAUACUAGGGGAAUGGAGAUUUGUUGAACAAGGAUCUAAACUUCUCACUCUUAAAUAUGUUCAGGACUUGAUUAAAUUCAUUUUCAUAUCAACAGUAUCCCGAUUACUCCUUCAAUUUGUCUACAACUCUGAGAUUUUUAGAACCUUACAUGCUUAUGCCCGACAUCCAUGGUUAGGACCCAUUUAUCCCAGCUAUGGCUAGUUCUAUAUCUUGAUGUUAAAAAUGGUCUGUAUACAGGUUACUAGGAGAAGAGAAUAAGUUGUACUUGUUUGUUGACGACAUAUGGUUGCCAACUUUCUCAAAUCUCAAUUGUCAGAGCUAGAAGUAUCUAUUUCUGAAAGUGAAGUUUGGUCAGAUGGUCCAAGUCCAAGACUUCAGCUAUCACUGGGUUUCAUCUGGGUGGUUCCUUUUUGGAUUCUGAAGUUCAAGUUUACCGGAUCACUUUAAUUUGGCAUGAGCCAGGCAGUCGUGACUCUCAUAGCUGACAAAGCGAACCUGUAGCAUUUACCACGUUGCUGCAAUCUGCAUCUCCUAUUUGAUCAAACUAUUUCAUUUUCUAAAGGAAGCACUAGAUCAAAUUAUUGAUACAAAAUAGAUAUACUCUGGUUCAGAUAUCUCUGCCCAUUUACAGUGGACAACAAGAUACCUGCUGAAAUAGGUUUGGAUGUGAUGAUUCAGAUUAAUACUUGUUUUGUUGAAUUAUGUCCUGUGGAAGGCCCAGGAAGCCAUUCACUUCUGCUGUAAGAUCAAGUUCUGUGGUUGUAUAAUGUUGACAACUUGCCUGCCUGUCUUAACAAAUUACAGAGGAAGUAUACUGGAGGCCUUGCUGUUCUCCAAAAACAGGUAUUGGGAUAUACAUAUAUGUAUGUAUGUAUGCAUGUAUGUGUGUAUGUAUGUGACAAUGAAGUUUAUGAUUGAUAGAUAUAAACAUACUUAAUUACAAA